GCGCGCACGGCGUUUGGCGCACUCGUACUGUCACGCCGGUCGUGCUGCUGCACUAUGUGUGUAGCGAGUGUACGGGAAACCAAUAAUAAUAAUUAUUAUAACAAUAGUAGUAAUAAAAGUACCAGUAAAAGAAUAACCUACGUGAAAAGUGUCACGCGGAAGAGCCAAGUGGGGCUUUCAACUUUUGACGUCGUAGUUGGGAGUGAAUGCAUGCGGAACGCAGGCACUGCAGCUCUGCGGUUGGUUAGGUGACCCGUGCUUCUCCAUUUUUAGGCUGCUAACUACAUUGAAAACGGGAAAAAACGAACUGGAGACCUUUUUCGCAUGAAUAGAGAUAAGGAAAUAAAGGUUCAUAAUGACUCGAACUUAAAUAUAUGGAAAAUGAGUAAGAAGCCACCAAAUCGUAGAGGAAUCAGUUUUGAGGUUGGAGCUCAGUUAGAAGCCAGAGACAGUCUCAAGAACUGGUAUUCAGCCAGCAUUGAAAAGAUUGAUUAUGAUGAAGAGAAAGUCCUUAUCCACUACCGACAGUGGAGCCAUCGUUAUGAUGAAUGGUUUGACUGGGAUAGCCCAUAUUUACGGCCUGUAGAACGUGUACAGCUGAGAAAAGAGGGACUACAGGCUGAGGAAGGGGACCCUGAGUUCAAAGUGAAUGAUAAGGUUUUUGCAAGCUGGUCAGAUUGUCGUUUCUACCCCGCCAGGAUUCUUGCUGUAAAUAAAGAUGUCCUGCUCCCACCAUGGUUUCGUCAUGCUCCUUGGCCGGUCCCAACAAAAAUCCAUCCAGUGUCCACCUGCUUCUGCCCGCUUUCUCUGCCUGCCUGCAUUCCCGCUUUCCCCUUUAAAAGGCACUUGAAUCUGGCUUAUAGUCUAACUGGGGAUCUCAUAGAUGCAACUACUUAUGCAGUGAAGUUUUAUGAUGGAGUUAUUCAGACUGUAAAAAGCAUCCACAUCAAGCCUUACAAGAAAAUUGGAAAAUGUAAGAUUGAAGACAAGAUCGUUGAAAAAAGUGGUGGAAAAAAAGAAACUGUAAAAGAUGACAUAAAACACAAUGGAACAGAUCAUACAGGGAGUCAUGGGAACAUUAAAUCUAAAGAAGUCAGUUGCAAUGUGCAGGAAAAAGACCAGGGUAUUUAUAGAAAAGAAGUGGUUAAGAAGGUUUGUUUUAAGCGAGCAUCUCAUGAGAACUCAAAAUGGGCCAAACUAAAAGCUGAAAUGCCUAUAAAUGUUAAACAAGAGUCUGUGGAACACCCUAAAAGAAUAAGACUAGCAUCAGAUGAACAUUCUAAAAAGACCAGAUUAUUCCCAGAUGAUCAUUUUAAAAGGGUCAGGCGUGUUUCAGUGCAGCAUUUUAAAAAGGCCAGGCAGGUCUCAAAGAAAUAUUCUAAGCGACCCUGGAUAGUAACGGAGAAGCAUUCUAAACCAAUUUUAUGUACUUCCAAGGAGCAUUGUAAAAAUCACGAGACUAUAUCACAGGAGAUCUCCAAAAGACCACACUAUACAUCGGAGGAGAACUCUAAGAGAACCGUGCAAGUCUUGGAGAAGGCCUGUAAUAGAACCAAACCAGUUUCAGAAAAGGACCCUGUAAAGGCCAAGCGAGCCUUGGAAGAAGAGGCUGACCCUGUUAAGGCCAUGCGAGCUUCAGAGGAGGAAGAGGAGGAGGACCCUAUAAAGGCCAGGCAAACCACAGAGGAGAAGAACCCUAUAAGGGCUAGGCAAGCUUCAGAGGAGAAAGACUCUGUUAGGGGCAGGCGAAGCUCAGAAGGAAAGGACCCUGUAAGGGGCAGGCGAUGCUCCGUGGAAAAAGACACUAUAAGGGCUAGACAGACCACGGAUGGGAAGGACCCUGUUAGGGUAAGGCAGACCACGGAUGAGAAGGACCCUGUAAGGGUCAGACGAGCCUUAGAGGAUAAGAACCCUUUAAGAUCAAGGAGGCUUUCAGGGGAGAUUUCUAGAAAAGCCAAAAAUACUUCGAGGGAGGACCCAAGAAGAGCUGAGAGAGCUUUAAGGAAGGAGCCUGAAAGAGCCAAUAGAGGAGAAGAGCCUAAAAGGGCCAGACGGUUCCGUCUUGAGGACCCAAAAAGGACUAGGCGAGUCUUGCGGCAGGGCCCCAAAAGGACUAGGCGAGUCUUGAGAGAGGGUCCAAAGGGGAACAGGCGAGUACUACGGAAGUGUCCAAAAGGGGCCAAGCAAGUCUCACGGAAGGACUCAAAAGGAGUCAGACGAGGCUCACAGAAAACUGCAAAAGGAGCCAGGCAAGUCUCGCAGAAGGGUGCAAAAGGAGCCAGACAAUUGUCACAGCAGGGCUUAAAAGAGACUAGACGAGUCUUGCGGGAUGGUCCGAAAGGAGUCAGGCAAGCCUCUCAGGAGGGCUUAAAAAGAGCAAGGCAGUUUACACGAAAGAACACAAAAGUGGACAGACGAGAGACUGAUACAAAUUAUGAUAAUUGUAACAAUGAGUUUGAAACAAAACGCAAAAGAACAACUUUCAAAGUGGUGGAUGAUUGUAAGAUAUUAUACAAAGAUGCAGGGUUCAUCUCUAAAAUAAAGCCAAAGGUGGGAAAAGGCUAUGUCAUAAGAAAACGAGGUGCUGGUAAAGUUUUGAGUAAGAAUAUGCAAGAUUUAAACAAAGAUUCUUUAAAUCAAAAAUCGGAGAAAAAAGCAGAUAAAAGGGAACAGGAAGCAGGUCUUGUAUUAAUUAAAGCUGCUACUGAAAAUGAUAAUGGCUCUGAAGAAUCAAAUGAAGGUUCUAAAAUAGAUUCUAAGAUAUUAAAGCAGGAAAAUACAGCAAAUGAUGAGAAAAUUGCAGAUGCUCCUAAUGGAAUAAUAAAAGGAAAUUUUAAAAUACUAGAUGAAAAAUCUAACAAAAAAAUGGCAGAAGAAAAUUUAUCUACGGAGAUGGUAGAGGUGAAUAUUGGCAAGGAUCUAAGUAAUAGCCAAAUAUUAGCAGUCAAUAGAGAGUUGAAGAGAGAGGAAAUGCUGCAACAUGGUGAUGCCCGGCUACCCACUGUAGAACACAAUGCAAAUGACUGUUCAAUAUCCAAAGCAGAAAUUCCCCUUGAGAUUUUAAAGGAAGAAAACAGAGAAUUAACAAAUGAUGGGUGCCAGCAAAAGAUUGUUAAAGUUGAAGAGGUGGCAAAAAUAAUGAAGGAAAAGGUAGAAGGUAGCAACGUAGAAAUCAGAAGUCAGCAACAAGAACCAAGCCAAGCACGAGAGAAAAAAAGGCGUGGACGUCCUCCUUUAAAAGAGUCAACAGGAAACCAACAUGGGAUUCUUGAACUAAGAAAAAGAAAAAUAACCUGGCGGACAAGUGUGUCAUCAAAAAGGCUCAAAUUUGAAGCUAGGACAGACUCAAGAAGAUCAUCUCAGAUUUCUGUUAAGGAGCAUGAUCCUAGAAGAAGAAGGUCAUCUAGAUUUUCACUAAACAGCAGUGAGAGUGAAGAUGUAAAACAUACUUUGGAAACCGUGGAAAAUAAGCCAGAGAUACAAGUUGAAAGUGGGCCAAAACUACCAGUUGCUACUUCUCAAGCCCAGCUAAUGCCAGAAGAGGUCAAAAAUGAACUUCCUGACCUGCAUCAGGAGAACGCAGACCACCUUCAAGUUUCAGUAAAUGAAUUAAAACAGCAGGAGAAUGAGGAAAAGCCAAAAGAAUCUUCCAAUGUACUGAAGAAAACUGAACCAGUUCAGGUGUUCACUGAAACAUCUCCAGUUAUAAAACGCCAUCCUUCUUUGCCAAACCCAAACAAAUACAGUAGAGAACCCUUGUACAGUGGUAUUAAGAGAACACAAGAUGUUCUAUCUACUCCAGCUCUUGCAGUUGACCUAGACCAUAACACUUUCAAGUGCAAGGUAGAAGAUUGCCUCAAAUCCUUCCGCAAAGCCAAGCUGCUUCACUACCACAUGAAAUACUACCAUGGUGUGGACAAGGCAAAUGAAAUCGAUCAGAGUCCCAAAAGGAAUAUCCAUACUCGUGCCUCGGAGAAGCAAGCAGUCCAAGAGAAUCAUAAGAGGCGGCGUACCAUCUCUUCAUCACUCCAUAUUGCGCUCCACACUACCCAUGGGCAUUUGCCAAACAGUCAGUUAAAUGGAAAGGCAGCAAAAGUAAAUGAUAAGAGAAGAACAUCUGCCCCCCCUCUUGUUCAAAUGCUAAACAAUCAUCGUCCUUCUCUGAGGGAAAAAAGCAAAGAAAACCAACUGGAGAAAUCAAAUCGGAAACUGCAAGAGAAGGAAAAAGUGGCCACUGAAAUAAUCAAAGAGAAAGAAAAGUUCAAAGAGAAGAAACACAGAGAUUUUCUGAGAAUCAAGCUGAAGAAAAAGAAGAAGAAAAAAAAGAAGUCCAAAUCUGAGGAAGAUAGUCUUAGCAACUCUUCGACCGAUAGCCUGUUUUGGAGUGAAGAAGAGUUCAGCCAAGAAGUAGAUGUGACCACAAAUCCUGAUGAAGAUGCACCAGAUGAAGAUGACCAGUGCCAUGAAAUUGUACGCUGUAUUUGUGAAGUACAAGAGGAGAAUGAUUUUAUGAUUCAGUGUGAAGAAUGCCUUUGUUGGCAGCAUGGUGUUUGUAUGGGACUGCUAGAGCACAACGUUCCUGAAAGAUAUACCUGCUAUAUAUGUCGUGAUCCACCAGGACAGAGACAGAGUUUAAAAUACUGGUAUGACAAAGAAUGGCUCAGCAGUGGACAUAUGUAUGGUUUACCAUUUCUAGAAGAGAACUACUCACACCAAAAUGGCAAAAAGAUUGCUGCUACUCAUCAGCUUUUAGGGGAUGUUCAGAAAGUCAUUGAAGUGCUCAAUGGGUUACAACUGAAAAUAAGCAUCUUGCAGAGCCAAGCUCACCCAGAUUUGAAGUUAUGGUGUCAGUCGUGGAAGCACAUUGACUGUAAGGACAAGCCACGAAAGAAACAACCACCUUUGGUGCGGGAAGAGAAUGAUGAUCAAGAAAGGAGCAUGGUGUGCUGGAGUGUUGAAGAGGUUAAUGUAAAACCUUGCAUUGGACCCUGCAUACAGGAAUCAUAUAUCACAAGUGAGCACUGCUACCAGAAGCCUCGUACCUACUACCCAGCUAUGGAGCAACGUCUUGUUGUGGAAACCAGGGGUGCAGAACUCGAUGAUCGAACCCAGAUAAUCAGAGAAAAUGUGGAUGAUUUUCUUAUACUGGACCAUGGACGCUAUAGCAGGAGUAUGGAUCAGGAAAGAAGUAGAAGAAGUUGUGAGUCCUAUUUGGAAACAACCUCUUUACAAGAAAUGGAAGGUGAUGUUUCUAAAAAAAGCUUUUCAGAGGAAGAGUUCAGUUUGAAUCUUGAGGAUGGGGAGGUACAGCAGCAGUGGCAGAUCAACCUGUUGGACCACAUUGAGGCAGUGCAGGAUGAAGUAACACAUCGUAUGGACUUCAUUGAGAAAGAACUGGAUGUUUUGGAGAGUUGGUUGGAUUACACGGGUGAACUGGAGCCUCCAGAGCCACUUGCCAGACUUCCACAAUUAAAACAUCGCAUCAAGCAGCUUCUAACUGAGUUAGGGAAAAUCCAAGAAAUUGCUUUAUGCUGUUCGACGUGAAAGAUUCAAGUUAUUCUCAUGAAAGAUGGCAGGCUUUAAUAGCCGUAUGAGAUUCAACAAAACUUCAACAUGAGGAGGGCCCAGAUAUGGUUUCCAUGUGACACUGCUGCGAAUGGAAGAUUCAAAGAUGUGUAUCUGUUAGGUUUAUGCCCAUGUUCAGAGAGUAAAAAGUUGUUUGAAAAAGGAAAGAAAAAAAUAAUGGCACAGAGGUUCAGGAGAAUAUUUGCAUUUUCUCCAAGUUGUUAUAAUUGCACCUUGAUGAUGGAUUGUAGAAAUAUCUUUGUGUACUUAAAACUGUUCAAGCUAUCCUUAUCUUUGGAGUCUCUUUACACUAGUUAAAGACAUGAUGAAAAUGACUCUUAAUGGCAAACUGUGGUCUUGAUAGCAACCUAAAAAUAUUGAUACCAAAAUAAUUUAAUUUCAGAAUUUUUAAUACACAUUGUGCUGGAUGCUUUUUUCCUCACUUUUUUGACUAAAGUAUUAAUCAAAACCACCAGAGUGACCAUAACAAAAUAACUAAAGUUAGCAGCUUUCUUUAUUUUAUGAAAUUGACUGAGAGUGUAGCUUUAGUUUUUUUCUGUUUGUUUUUCUUUUUUUUUUUUUGAUUGUGAUAUGACUUUUUCUGCUACCCUUUUUGUUGUGUAAGAUGGCAUUAUGACUUCAAAAAGUGAAGUGCCUCUUUAAAGAACAUGCAGGAUAACUGCUUUAAAAUUGCUGGGCGUAUGAUUUUGGACCUGGGUUGUGUAUUUUGUUCCACAAAACAUUAUCGUAGAUAAUGUAGAUUUAUAUAAGUCAACAAAAAAUUAAACAUAUUAACAGCAUGGGUCACCAUUAGUGUUUCAUGUCUUGUUUUGACUGAAAUCAAGCUGUGUGCAUUCAUUUUUCAACACAAAUGCAAUCUUUUGACCAACUUCAUUUUUAACCUGGUUAUCUCUGAGCCCAAUGUUCCAUGUAUUGUUGUGCGUGUGGUCCAAGUUAUAUAAUAUUUUUUGGUUUGUCUUCAGUUUCCAACGUAAUAAUUCAUUUACCUUAAAUGCUGAAGUUGAGUCAAUAUUAUAUAGAGAUCUUAUGGGAUAUCAGUCUGAGCUUUCAGUGUAUUUCAAGUUCUUCUGCAGUUUGAUAUUUACUUUAAAUUAAACAAUACCAAUUGUACAUGACAUAGGAUUUAACAGUUCCUUAUUCUGAUGUUGCAUUUUCAUUUUGUUUAGAAACACAUGAUUUGGUUUCAUUUCGACUAGUAUUAUUUUCUGGUUCUAUACUUGAUGAUUUGUCAUUUUUUCCAUUUGUGAGCAUGAUAUUUCAUAUUUGUAUGUAUAUAAGGGGUAUGUAUUUACAUGUAAUUAAAAAAAUGUAUUUGUAGAAAAGGAUGUAUUUAAUGAGUGUGUGUAAAUGCUUAUACAAUGAGAUCUUUUAUUGUUUUGUUUUUAUGUACUGUAUUUUUCCUACCCCUUUUGUUCUUUCUCUUUUCCUGUGAAGAUUUAUUCAGACAACAGCAGAUGAACUAUACUGCAAGAAAUAAGAAGGAAACCUGGACAGUUUAAAAAAAAA